AUGCUCGCCGUCCUCGGUCGCGCUCCCCGCCAACACCAGGACUGGUUCGCCGACAACGACGCCGCCAUUCGAAAUCUGCUAGCUGAGAAGAACCGCCUACACAGGGCCUACGUAGAUCACCCCACUGAUGCCACCAAAGCUGCCUUCUACCGCAGUCGCCGCCAACUUCAACAACGACUGCGCGAGAUGCAGGACGCCUGGACUGCUCGCAAAGCUGAGGAGAUCCAAGGGUACGCGGACCGCAACGAAUGGAAGAACUUCUUCUCCGCGAUCAAAGCUGUCUACGGUCCGGCGAUGAAGGGCACUGCUCCUCUCCUCAGCGCCAACGGCAACUCUCUCCUGACUGAGAAGACGCAAAUCCUACAGCGAUGGGCCGAGCAUUUCCGAGGCGUCCUCAACCGCCCCUCCGUCAUCUCCGACGCCGCCAUCGAGCGUUUGCCGCAAGUUGAGACCAACGCGGACCUUGACCUCCCGCCAUCUCUCUAG